AUGGCGCGUGGGCCGUGCUUGCUGCUGGCGCCGUGGGGCACCUUACGCGGCUCCCCGCCCACCCGCACGGCAAGUCUGUACAUUGGCCACAACCGGAUCCACGGGGAAGAGGUGCUUGAGAUGGAGGAGGACAUCCAGAUUGAGGUGCGAGAUUAUAUAUCAACAACCAGGAACUACCAUACAAUCUUCAUAUCACACAAUCCACCUAUGAGUAUGAAGAUCCGUGACAAGGCUCAUCUCUUCGGUGAGCAGCAGUGCGCUACGUUGGACAGUUACCAAGGCUGGACGGAGGUGUGCCCGUGCGGCCGGACGGUGUCGUCCUGGUCGAGCAGAUCACCGUACCAAGGCUGCCUGCCGGACUCCAAUUCCCUACCGCUGUCAAGCUCUAGAUCAAGCUCCACAUGGACCUGUCUAUCCGUGCGAUACUGUGUUUCCUCUGGUGGCCGUCUGUUCCGCUUGGCGUUUCGUCUGGAUCUGAGAGGAGAAGGCCUCAAGCAGGGAGAUGAGGAGGUUCAUGGAACCUUAGAAGUUUUCAGAUGA